AUGUUGGCUGGCUCCAUUGGUCAGAUUCCUCAAGCGAAUGCUGGUAACCGAAAUGGAGAUGAUGAUGAGUACCGUGCUUUAGGGAGAUUCCAGAGGAACAAUCCUCUUGUUUUUGAAGGUGAACAUGAACCUGAUAAAGCUCAAGCUUGGCUGAAGGCGAUUGAGAAGAUCUUCAGAGUUAUGAACUGUACUGAUGCUCAGAGAGUGCAGUUUGGUACUCAUAUGCUGGAAAAGGAAGCUGAAGAUUGGUGGAACAACACUCUUCAGAGGUUUGAAGAAGAUGGCAUUGAGGUUACUUGGGAUCUUUUCCGUGAUGUCUUCUUGGAGAACUAUUUUCCUGAAGAUUGUCGUGGGAAGAAAGAGGUGGAGUUCCUUGAGUUGAAGCAAGGAAAUGGUACCGUUGCUGUUUAUGCUGCUAAGUUUCAGGAGCUUAUCAAGUAUUGUCCCCACUAUAAUACUGCUAAUGCUGAGAGAUCUAAAUGUUUGAAGUUUGUGAAUGGCUUGAGACAUGAUAUAAAGAAGGCUAUUGGUUACCAACAGAUUACCCGUUUUACUGAGUUGGUUAACAAGAGUCGGAUUUAUGAUGAGGAUAGUAGAGAGAGUGCCUCUAUCUACAAGAGUCUGAAAGGAAAGAAUCAGGAUCGUGGGAAACCGUAUGAUGACAAGAGGAAACAAGCCGGUUUUGGCAAGAAGCCAAGUUGGGGAGGAUCUUCUACUUCACCUAAGUGUUUCAAAUGUGGAGUUGAGGGUCAUAAAGCUGCUGAGUGCAAGAAAGAGGUUACUACUUGUUUCAAGUGUGGCAAGUAUGGUCACAUAGCUACUAAUUGUAGAGGUGGUUCGAAUGUGACUUGUUUCAACUGUGGAGAGAAAGGCCACGUUAGUACAAAAUGUGACAAGCCAAAGAAGGAGCAAGCAAAAGGAAAAGUGUUCGCAUUGUCUGGUGCAGGAGCCACUACUGAUGAGAGGCUAAUUCAAGGUUCUGGAGUUUAGUAGCCGCGUGUGAUCUAGCGGGAGUUUCUUCCUUGGUUAUUGGAGAUUAGGUAGUGAGUCGAUGCUCUGGUCAUGUAACACUGGGUAGACUAGGUGUAUUAAACUCAUGUUAUGUUUGUGUAUGUAUUAUGCUAUGACUGGUGAACUUAUUUAUUGGUUACAUGUCUUUUGAGAGGCUUACAAGCCAAACCUUUUGAUUAUGUUUUA